UUCUUCUCUCACCCCCGCACGCGGACGCGGCCUCCCUCCCUUUCUCUCUCCUCCCGCUUCCCGACUUCCCGUUGCUCUGUCCCUCCCUCCCUCGUCCGAUCUGCAUCUGCCCCGGCCCCCUUCUCUCCCCGCCUUCUCGUUUUUUUCUUCUCCCUUCGUUCUCGGCAGUGUCAAGAUUUGUGUUUCUUUUCGUCGGAGCGGCGGCGGUGGAGUGGUGGUGGGGCGGCGGGAGAUUCAGGGAGAUCUAGCUCGAUCCGCCUCGGUUCUUGGAGCUUGAAGACGCGGGGAGGCGAGAUGGCGGCGCAAGAGCAGGAGCAGCAGGCCAAGACGAGCACCACCAGCUCGCUGCCGUCCAGCAGCGACCGCUCCUCCAGCUCCGGCCCCAACAACCUCAAGGAAGGAGGCGCGGAGAGCGACGAGGAGAUACGGCGGGUGCCGGAGAUGGGCGGCGGGUCGGCGUCGUCGGGCGCGGGGGACGGCAAGCAGCUGCAGCUGGCGGCGGCCGGGGGCGGGCAGGCCCCGGCGGGGAAGAAGCGCGGGCGCGCCGCCGGGGACAAGGAGCAGAACCGGCUGAAGCGGCUGCUGCGGAACCGCGUGUCGGCGCAGCAGGCCCGCGAGCGGAAGAAGGCCUACAUGACGGAGCUGGAGGUGAAGGCCAAGGACCUCGAGCUCCGCAAUGCCGAGCUGGAGCAGAAGGUCUCCACCCUCCAGAACGAGAACAACACGCUCCGCCAGAUACUGAAGAACACGACGGCGCACGCCGGGAAGAAGCCGAGCGGCGGCAAGGGGGGAGACGGCGGCAAGAAGCACCACCACUUCGGCAAGGGCUAGCAGAGCUUCUCUGCUCUGCUGCGACGAUGGUUGUUGCUAGGAACCACCGGACGUCUGCUCAUCUGACCAUUGUUAGGACACUGCUGUUGUUGUUUGCCGCCGCAGUUUGACGCUUGGCUUGUCUUCUUCUUCUUUUUCACCCUUCUCUUCUCUUCUCUUCUCCACGGUUGCUCGGUCGCCCGCCCGCUUUUGAUGUCUCACUGCCACUGUUGUGUGUGCCCUGUCCAUUGUAGCUUGUUGUUAGGAAUGUUGAUCUAUGUGAACAUUGGUUGUGUA